AUGACUCCAACAAGACGUGUAUGGGAAAAAGAAUUUAUUCGACGACCUCCGAACGCCGUGUGGAUUUUCUAUUUUUUCGUUGUCGUCUUUUUUCGUUUUUCUUUCCUCUUCCGUUUUUGCAGUGUAUUUUUGUCUUUCUUUUACACCCUGUUAUUUCAUUCAAUUAUCCUCUUUUUUUUAUUUUCCUCUUUCUCGUUUAUACUUUCAUUUCUUCUUAUUUUUCUUUCGUUUUUUUUUUCUUUUUUCAUUUCAUCGUCUUUUUUCUUUCAUUUUUUUCUGAUGUCUUUUUCCAUCCUUUUUUUUUUUGUUCAUUUUUUUCUUUUCUUCCUCUUUUUUUUCAUUCGUAUUUCGUUUCUUUCGCUUUUAAUUCAUUUCUUCUUAUUAUAUUUUUCCACUUUUUCAUUCAUUUUUCCUAAUUUCUCUUCCUUUUCCUUUUUCUAUUUUUCAUUCAUUUUUUUUUCUUUUGUCUCUUCUGCAAUUUUUAUUCAUUUUUUCUUUUUUUUUCCACUUCUUUCGUUCGUUUUACAAGUUAUUUUUAAUCCUUUCUUUUUCAGUCAUUUUUCCAUUUUUUUCUUUCUCUUUUUCUUCGUUUUUUGUUCUUCAUUUUCAUUCAGCUAUUUCCUUUUUUUCAUUUUUGUUUCCAUAAUUCUUUCUUUCUUUUUUUUUAAUUGUUUUAUUUUUCUUCCGAUUUCAUUCAAUUUUUUUUUUUUUUUCAUUUCUCCAUGUUUUUUAUUCAUUUACCUUGGCUUUCUCUCUCUCUCUCUCUCUCUCUCGCUUUCUCUCUUUCUCUCUUUCUCUAUCUAUCUAUCUAUCUAUCUAUCUAUCUAUCUAUCUAUCUAUCUAUCUCUUUCCUGCUAUCUCCCCUCUCUCUUUCUCCCUGUCUUCAUCUUUCUGUUACGUGGCCUCUCACAAGUUCUUUGCUUGCAAUUUCUUUUCUUACACUUCUCGCUCGUCUAA